AUGGAGGUUGUCAUGGUCCCUGGCAAAGGACCCACAUUCACAGAGCCCCUGAAGGAGGUGGAGGAUCUGCUGAAGCUACGCCAGAAGGUGGAUGUGACUGCUGAGCUGGGUUACGUCUUCCAGGCCAUCACGCUGACACGACACAGCCUGGAGGGCAGGGUACCCCUCAUUGGCUUCUCUGGGGCACCUUGGACACUCAUGUCCUACAUGAUUGAAGGUGGUGGCUCCACUACAAUGGCCAAGGCCAAGAGCUGGCUCUACCGUCACCCUGAGGCAAGCCACCGACUGCUGCGCCUGCUGGCUGAUGUUGUCACUGACUACCUGGUGGGACAGGUGGCUGCUGGAGCGCAGGCGCUCCAGCUGUUUGAGUCCCACGCGGGGCACCUGGGCCCGGAGCAGUUCCAGGACUUUGCACUGCCUUACAUCCGAGACAUCGCCCGAGCUGUCAAGAGCAAGCUGAAGGAAGAGGCGUUGCCUCUGGUGCCCAUGAUCAUCUUUGCAAAGGACGCGCACUACGCGCUGCGUGACCUGGCCCGUGCUGGUUAUGAGGUGGUUGGUCUGGACUGGACCAUCCGGCCUCAGGAAGCUCGAGCACAGACAGGGAAAGAUGUCACCCUGCAAGGGAACCUGGAUCCCUGCGCUCUCUAUGCACCCAAGGAGAAGAUCGGGGAACUAGUGAAGAAGAUGCUGGAAGGUUUUGGGACCCAACGCUACAUUGCUAACCUGGGCCACGGACUCUACCCCGACAUGAACCCUGAGCAUGUGGGCGCCUUUGUGGAGGCUGUGCACGCGCAUUCCCGCCACAUCAACAAGCACAGCUGA